UAUCCCUUUGAAAGAGCAGACAAAUUCAACCGUGGCAUCAGAAAACUUGGAAUAACCCCGGAUGGCCAGAGCUAUCUUGACCAGUUCAGACAACUCAUAAGUCAAAUUGGCAACGCUAUGGGCUAUGUACGAAUGAUAAGAUCCGGUGGACUUCACUGCUGUAGUAGUGCAAUUAGGUUUGUUCCUGAUCUGGAAGAUAUUGUUAACUUUGAAGAGCUGGUGAAAGAAGAAGGACUUUCAGAAGAAACACAAAAAGCAGCAAGGCAGUUGGACUCUGUCCUCAGUGACCUCACGCGCAACUUUGCAGAAGGAACGGAGUACUUCAAAAUGCUUGUGGAUGUAUUUGCUCCUGAAUUCCGCAGCCCAAAGAAUAUGCAUUUGCGGAACUUCUAUAUAAUUGUUCCCCCACUGACCCUCAAUUUUGUGGAGCAUUCAAUCAGUUGUAAGGAGAAAUUGAAUAAGAAGAAUAAAAGUGGAGCAGCUUUCACUGAUGAUGGGUUUGCCAUGGGUGUGGCUUACAUUCUGAAGCUUUUGGAUCAGUACCAAGAGUUUGAUUCUCUGCACUGGUUCCAGUCUGUUAGAGAGAAGUACGUGAAGGAAAUAAGAGCAGUAGCUAAGCAACAGAAUGUGCAGUCCACUAAUCAAGAUGAAAAACUACUGCAAACUAUGAACCUUACACACAAGAGACUGGAAGUUUGUUUACAGGAAUUUGAACUCCUUUAUUUCUCACUAAGUAGUGCAAGAAUUUUUUUCAGAGCAGAUAAAACUGCAGCAGAAGAAAACCAGGAAAAGAAAGAAAAAGAAGAAGAAUCUGUUAAAGCAAGCAAUGGAGAUCUUUCCAACUCUACACCUGCAGAUCCUGUUGUGAAAUGAUAUGGCUGGUAUGGGUGAUGAUUACUUACUCAAAUAAUUCAUGUUCUUGUCAUUAUCAGUAACUCUCUGUAGGGGUAAAAGCCCUAGAUUUAAUUUACUUACUCUGUUAAACCCAAGAGAAAAAUGUACAGUAGUAUACUAGC